CCGUGCAAACGAGGUUUUCCGUGAGUAACUCGUGAAGGGAUCAGAUUCAAAAUGGUGGCCCCUAAAGAUGGUAAGGGUUCCUUAAACCAUGGCAUCGGACUGUCUCUUGUGGCAACAGCAUUCGCACAUCCUCUUGCUUAUGUAAAAGUGCUUGUUCAGGUUGGUUAUGAACCCCUUCCACCAAAGAAAGGAAAGACAUUUUUCGGAAAAGAUGUUCUCCAUCUACCUGGAUUCUUUGAUUAUGCAAGGUACAUAAAAAAUGAUGAUGGAUUUUCAGGACUUUAUAGAGGUUUAGUUCCAAGGGUUCUGCACAACUUUGUCAGUUCAUCUGUCACAAAUGCGGUCUGUUCAAGAUUUCAGAGUGCUGAGGAGCAAUCGUCUGAUUCAGAAGAGACUGACGAAGAGUACGAACCACCAGCAAUAAAGACCCAGUCAGAGUUUUUAAUCGAGACACUUCAACUUUCGAUUGGAAAAGCAGCUGGAGUUGUUAUCAGCUACCCACUUCACUUGAUUAGCGUUCGAACGAUGGUUCAGUUUGUUGGAAAAGAAACUCAAUACAAUAACUUAUUUAGCUCUGUUCGUGAAAUUUAUCAAGAAGAAGGAAUCGGUGGCUUCUUUAGCGGUCUUGUACCACAACUAUUAGGAGAAAUGCUUUCCUUUUGGGUCUUCCGAACGCUGACGUACUUCAUCGAGACCUAUUUUGGUAUUGACGAGUUUUCGCGAUCUCCAAGUGGUAGACUUUAUAUUCAAGGAUUAUCACAGUAUGUCGCAUCGCUGCUGACGUUCCCCUUCUUUCUUGUCACAAACAUGAUGGCUGUAAACAAUUCGAGACUAGCUGCUGGCAACCCUCCAAACAUGCCAAUUUUCAACAACUGGAUCGACUGCUGGGUAUAUCUAUCGAAAGAGAAACUGCUUCGCAGAGGUGACAGCAUUAUUCGAAGGACGAUGCCCAUUAGGCCUAAUGCUGCGUUACAGUUAGCGAUUGCCAAAUGAAGAAAUUGACUAAGAAUGUUAUGUAAGUCGAGAUGCUAUGAAUCAUGAAGCAAAGUGAGCCCUGUUUAAACACCGUAUUAUCGUUCAUACUGCAUACUGCAAAGCGAUUCAUUACCUUGAAUAGAGGAUAUGCUAAUUUCCUCCUAUCUAUUAUGGUAGCCAGAAUUGUAAUAGAUGAUUUUGAUGUAUGUGAUUUUUAUGAAGAUACCCCUAA